AUGUGCUUCUCCCACCAAAAGCAAAACUUUUUCCGUUUGUCUAAUUCAUAUUCUUCAUYUGAAAUUGCUAAUGCUCCUGCUACUUCUACUGCAACUGCUACUGCUACGGAUAAUGCUACUCCUAAUGCUAUUGCUACUGCUAAUGCUACUAUUACUGGAAAAGUAAACGUGGUGGCUAAUGCUUUAAGUCGUCAAGAGAAAAGUGGUACCAUGAAGGCUAUAGCUUUAAGAGUUGAGUUACUACCGAGUAUCCAAGAAGAAUUGCAAGAAUUCCAAAGGGAAGCUAUGAAGGAAGAUAAAAUUAAACAAGAAAGACUAGGUAGAAUGGUAUCUGAAUUUGAAAAGAAUGACAAAGAAUUUUGGAGUUUCCAAAAUAGAAUUUGGGUACCGUCUUACGGUAAUCUCAGAGAGCAUAUCUUAAAUGAAGCUCACAACUCACGUUUUUCUAUUCACUCGGGUACAAACAAAAUGUAUUGGGAUCUGAAGCAAUACUAUUGGUGGCCAAGCAUGAAGAAAGAUAUAGCAAAACAUGUUGAGCAAUGUAUGACAUGUCUCCAGACGAAAGUGUCGAACUCCUUUGUGCUGGAACGAGAUGAGAAACAGUUAGCUGGGCCUGAGCUAGUCCAGCAAACAGCGGAUAAAAUUGGCCUAAUACAGAAACGAAUGAAAGUGGCACAAGAUAGGCAAAGAAGUUAUGCCGAUAAACUUCGGAAACCACUUGAGUUCCAAAUUGGUGACAAAGUGAUGUUAAAGAUAUCACCUUGGAAAGGAAUAAUACGCUUUAGUAAAAAGGGAAAGUUAAGUCCAAGAUUUAUUGGACCAUUUCCUAGCAUUGAAAGAGUUAGAGAGGUGACAUACAAGCUAGAACUGCCAUCAGAGUUAAGUGGUAUUCAUAACACAUUUCAUGUGUCGAAUUUAAGAAAGUGUUUAGUAAACCCAGAAGUUGUGGUGCCUCUACCAGAAAUUAAAAUUGAUGAAAAUUUAUGUUUUGAAGAAAUUCCUGAAGCCAUUAUUGACUUCAUGAUAAAGAAGUUGCAGAAUAAAGAGAUUGGAUUAGUAAAAGUACAGUGGCAUUAUCAUAAAGGGGUGGACGCCACAUGGGCAAUCGAGUCAGAAAUGCGAGCAAAAUAUCCUUAUUUGUUUACUUAG